AAAAAUACUAGUAGAUGCAUUUUAAAGUGUAAGAGUAAAUAAAAAUCAUAAUUGUUAAAUAUAGUAGUUAAUAUGUGAUACUCUAAUUAAUUAUUAGUAAUGUUAAAUGAUAAAUAGCAAUAUCUGUUUAAUUAGUCCCGUUAUUUUGAAUUAUCCAAUCAAAUAUGUGUGAAAAUGGUUCAGAUCAACUGGAAGCAAUAGAUCCAAGGGUUCAAGUAGAAUUAGAAAAAUUAAAUAAUGCUACUGACGAAAUUAACAGACUCGAAUUAGAAUUAGAUGAUUCUAGGGCUGCAUUCAGACAGCUUCUUUGUGAAAGCACUGCUAAAGUAGAUGCCUUGAGAGUAAAACUAGGGUUAUGUAUUGAGAGAGCCAAACCUUACUAUGAAGCCAGGUUUUGUGCAAAUGAGGCUUUAAAGCAAACACAAAAUGCUGCUAUGAAAUAUGAACGAGCCAAUAGUGCCCAUAGUGCUGCUAAAGAAAUGGUUUACUUAGCAGAGCAAGGAUUGGGAGGUCGAACUUUAGAUCCAGCUUGGCAGGAAAUGUUGAAUCAUGCUACACAAAGGGUAAAUGAUGCAGAAAGAGACAGGGGUUUUGCAGAGAAAGAACACAGAUUGGCUUGUAUCAAACAUGAAGCUGCUAAUGCAAAAGUACAGUGCCUACAGAAAGAAUUAAAGAGAGCAAUAACUAAAAGCAGUUUUGCAAUUCGAAGAGCACUUAUGCAGAUAAGUAGUUUAGCAUAUCAGCACGAGUUAAUUUUUUUACCAUACUACGAAUUAAAAGCCCAGUUUUAUCACAUGCUAGAGCAACAAAAAGCAAAAGUACAAAAUCUUGAAAUGCAGGUUACAGGUGUUAAAAUGACUUAUGCAGAAGCCUUGAGGAAUUUAGAGCAAAUAUCAGACGAAAUACACAAGUCAAGAAGCCAAAAAGGCAACAGUAGCACAAAUCAAAAAUUAGAAGAAAGUAAAACAACAAUAGAUCCCUUUCUUUGCGCUGUGGACAAUUUAGAAGAAGAAUAUAUGAGUCUUCCAACGAAAUUAAGUGCAAAAGCUAGUCCUACAAGGGUUCACCUAGAAGAAGUGGAUGGCUUCCGAAAUGUUAACCUGACAAACGGAUUGUCUCCUGUUUCCAUUUCUUCCUGCAGCGAAAACGAUAAAUCAGAAAGGGAUAAGAUAACUGUCCCGUGUAGCCAGUCAGGGGAAUGGACUGAGAUCAAUUUGGAGGUCUCCAGUCCUGAAGAGGACUUCCCUUAUGAAAGAUUAGAGGCAAAUGGUGGAGUGGAAGACAAACCAAAACUUACAAGACAAAAAACCCUGCCAAAUCCGAAAAUAGAAAACGAAUUUAGUGCCAUUAAAAGUCGGAUGAAAUUGGAUACGACAAUAUCUAAUUGGAUUACGAGGUCGUCUGCUAAAAACGAAGAAAAAACGUUAGGGAAUAGUCGUCGACAAAGCUUGGACAAUAUUUUAGGUCCUACAAGUGAAAAGAUGAAAGAGUUCUUUUCACAAGGCAUUAUGAUGCUCAAUAUAAGUAAUUUAACAGAAAGGCGCAACAGCGAGCCAAAACUCGAAGUGACUGAGGAGAAGCAAUCAAAAGGUUUUAUUAAGAAAAUUCCAAGCCCCUUGGAAAGGACAUUGACUUAUUUAAAUCCUGAAGACGAUUCUUCUGACUCCGAGAGUUUGGCUAGCGUUGAUAUGCUCACUGAAGAUCAGAUAAGUUCUCUAAUGUUUGAUAAGGAGCUGGGGGUCGUUUGUGAGCAAGUUCUUGGAACUCCUAUUUCUGAACUUGUCCCAUCCCCAUCGGCAACAUUCCCAAAGGCAUCAACUAGUCAAGUAAUCAAUAAUUGAAUUUUGCCAUUUUCUAGUCAUUACUUUUUAUGAGUGUUUCCUUUAUUUUUCUUUUAAUAGUACUUACCUGUUUUUUUUUUUUACUUUU